AUGAGCUCUCAUGUCGUAGUCCUCGACUCGACAGCUCGGAGAGCCACGAUCAAGACGACCCCCGGGAAGCAUCUGACGGAUAUUCUGCAAGAAGGCUGCAAGAAACUAGGCGUCGACGCCAGUCAAUAUGGGCUGAAACACAAGGGAAAGCAACUCGACCUGUCUUUAGUAUUUCGACUGUCCGGCCUGACCUCCGGCGCAAAACUUGAACUGGUUCAACUCUCGCGCUCGCCUUCCGUCGUCACCGUCGCACUACAGCUCCCGGAGUCAGAAGCACGAGGCACUCCAAACGGACGCAUCUUGGACAAGUUCCCCAGCACGACUACGAUAUGGUUUAUCUUGCGCAAAUUCGAGGCCGGGGUUGCGGGAGCCACUUCCACCCGAAACCUCACAGCCCGAGGCGUCCCCGUGACGAGCGGUGAUACCGGAGCCGGCAGAUUGUUCUACGAAACGCCAGUGGUGCAGAUAAUGGAAAGAGAACUAUCGACCUUCACCGAUUUGCAGAAGUCCCUAGCUCAGCUGGGCUUCAACAACGGAAACGUCCUGCUUAGAUUGAGUUUCCGACGCACGGAAGAACCGCUGGAAGUGGCGAUGGUGAAAAUCCAGGACUAUUUCAAAGCGUUUGGUGACGAUGAUGCCCCGGUGAAACAAGAAUCGCCGGCGGAACAGACACAGAAGCCCGAGGAAUCGGCUCAGACCGAACAGCAGCAACCAGUCUCUACCUCCGACCCCACGUCGAAUACAACCGCCGCAUCAGCACAACCAGAAAUUCAAACCGAACUCUCCCCUGCCGCCGUUGAGUCGCCGGAGUUGCCGACUGAUUCCUCCCGCUCUAUAACCGUCUUCGCCCCUCCAUCCAACGACACACCCCAGUCCGCGCAAGCUUCAUAUAAUGACAGUGACUAUGUUCCAUCAGUGGACCAUGCGCAAGCACACCAACGCCGUCUCAACAUGGCCUCUCAGAACAAAAAGCUUCUAUCAGACAAAGAAAUCGCCGCCAAAGCCGCAGCCGAAGAGGAGAAGCUGGCCGCAGUGCAUGAAGUCGACGUGAAAGUCCGUCUUCCGGACCAGAGCCAGGUAGUAGCGAAGUUUAGGCAAGAAGAUACAGGAAGAACCCUCUACGAUUUUGUGAGGAACUGUCUUGCAGGACCGUUCGCUUCAGAGAAGUUCAUUCUCACCCACCUGCCUGCGGGCCCGCCUGGUACCGGAGGAAGAAAGAUCCAGAGCGUGGUCCCAGACUCGGCGACAAGCCUCUUGAUCAAAGACCUCGGCAUGACGGGCCGAGUCCUCGUCAACUUCUCCUGGGACGCCGAUGCAUCGCCCGCUGCCCGACAGCAUCGAGCCGAUUUGCUCAAGCCAGAGCUUCAGAAUAAAGCACGGCAGCACAAGGUAGAGCAACCGCCCGAGAUCAUGGACACCUCGGAAGACAUCGUCCAGCCAAAGCCAGGGGCGGGCCAACAAUCUGGCGAGAAGUCGGGCACUCGCAAACCGGGAACACUACCCAAGUGGCUGAAGUUGCCUGGAAAGAAAUAG